AUGCCGGAUAUGCCGUGCAGGAUUUGUCCAGCUGGCCCGCCCGGCACUCGCGGUCCACAGGGUGAACGCGGCCUCAACGGAAAGCAGGGAACCCCAGGAACUGCAGGUGAGCCAGGAAAUCCCGGUAUUCCUGGAUCCGGUGGUACACCAGGUUUCACUGGGCAUGUUGGCGCUCCUGGUGACAGAGGCUUCAAAGGUCCACCAGGCGAUAAUGCGAUUGCUGGUGAAGGAGUGAAGGGGCAACGCGGAGUACCUGGUACUGCAGGUACGAAGGGGCCACCUGGAACGCCUGGACGCCCGUCGAACGUUAGAGGAGCUCCUGGCGCCACUGGACCUAGAGGUGGAAUUGGCAAAACUGGAAAGUACGGAGCAUAUGGUGAACGUGGUCCCGCAGGUCCGACUGGUGAGCCCGGCUUACCAUCACCAUACUGUCCAUCAGACUGUGGAGUCAGCAAAAUCAUCUCUGGAAUGAAUUUGACGCCUCAGUCACUCUCGAAUGGAUACAGCGAUCAGCCUGGAACAAAUGAUCAAGAAUCAUUCGAUGAAAUGUCUUACCGCAACUUUUUCGUAGAAUAG